AUAGUCAUAGAUCCUCUACGCUCCAGCGUGAGUGCAGUUUUAGAGACACAAAAGGACAUCAGUGUUUGGUCUUUCACAGUAAGUAAAGUGAUAUCCCUUGCGCCGCGAGCGACGACCGGAAGUUCUUGCUAGAAGAUGUCCUCAGCCUCACUGUCAGGCCCUCAGUCAUUCAGCUGGACGUCUUGAUCUUAGUUCAGGCUUGUUUCUAUCGGCACGCUAGCGUCCUUCAAUUCCAUCCGCUCAUCCGGUCUCCGGUGAGCACCGGCGCGGUGCGGAGUGCUGGAAACGAUACUCCCAUAGCCUCAUAGGACGCAAGACGUCUAACUCUUACUCUUAGUAUUACUUGCCGUGGAAAUCCGCGCGCGCCGCAUCAAAGCUUUCGGGCUGUUGUGUAGGACAUUCUCCACGGAGAUAUCUCCUGACCAGGGCACGAAGAUGGGAAACAAGAUCGUGCCUGCUGUUACAGGUAGUCUAUUUGACUCGCCCGAGUUCAUUGCUGACAUACAUCCGUGGCUGCUGACUGUGGAUGCCGACAUGCUCAGGGAGGCGGCACAGCAAAACCAGCUGCUGCGCACUUUCGCCAUCGUCGCAAGCCUGGAAAACAUUCUGAAACGCGAAGGUCCGGUGGCGCACAACAAGAAGCUGAUUCAGAUCAUCUCGGCCGAUGAACUGAAUGGAUACAAACGCUUGUGUCACGUCGUUGCCGAAAUGGGCUUCCACACCCGUGCGCGUCAGAUGUUGAGCCAGCUACGAGAGAAGGAUCGACCAUGCCUAGAUUUACCCAGCUCAGUUGACAUGGAAACUACAGGCGUACGGCGACGAGCCCGAACAGGUGUGGGCCGUGGCAAUGACGAUAGUGAUGGCAGACCAGGGUUGCAGAGUACAGAUGGAAAUGCAGUGACUCAUAGAACAGCAGAGGCGCUUGAAGAAGAUUGCCACGGAGAAGAAGAGGGUCAUGGAGCAGAAGAGAGGAAUGAAACGGCUGUGGAGCAUGAACCAUCCUCAUCAGUUGAACCAGUGACAGUACUGGCUCAGAGGCCCGUACCAUUCCUUGCAAUGGUGGCGGGGCUGAGUGUUCUUAUCAUUGCUGUCAUCAGUGUCUACUACGGUUUCAGCUCACCAGUUUCACCUGAUAUGGGCCGUGUGGAAAGGCUACUGAAGAUUCGCUACACCAAGACCAAUAAAAUCUUCUCACAGGUGUUUGGAGCGAGCACGGGAAACACUGUCGAGAACAUCUACAUCAACCUUGUCAUGCUGCCAAAGAAAAAUCUAAGCGACGAGUUCGAAAAUGGAUUUGAAUCCAGCUCCGACGACAUGUGGCGGACCGAGCAUGCCUUCACUCGCGCAAGCCAGAAAAUGCAAAGUGUUUACUUGGAGUCUCUUCUAAACAGCACCCAUCAUGAUCAAUCACCGUAUCCCACAGGUCAGACUCUCGGCACGAUAGUCAUGGCUAGUGCUGGGUGCGGGAAGUCGUUUGUUUUUACGAGGGUAGCGCCGAUCAAAUGGGCAGCCGGUGAACUGUGGCCUAACAAGAAGCUGCUCGUUGCAAGAGAGUUGCGUUUCCCAGACGUGCACAAGGCUACAUCCCUGAGUAAGCUACUUGGACUAGACGGCAUUGGUAUCGAAGACAGUUAUGGCCAGCUGGAGAUCUGUGAUCAUGUUCGUGAACACCCUGAGAGUCUAGUGCUAAUUCUAGAUGGUCUUGAUGAGGUGAACCUGAAAGACAUGAGCAGUUUUGUCUAUGAUGUACUGUUUGGCAAGGAGCUGCAGGGUAUUCAUCUCAUAGUAACAUCUCGACCAUGUGCUGACAUCUUCCAGUUGUCAGUAUUACCUCACUUCCACCAGCACAUCGAGCUAAUGGGAUUCAAACAAGAUGAUGUGGAGAAGUAUAUCCGUAACGUGCUAAGCCCGGAAAAAGCAGGGACACUGGUCGCAGAGGUUGGCCGGUCAGCAUAUCUGCGUGGCAUGAUGGCAACCCCAUUCAUGGCUCAGGAAGUGUGCGUGCAGUACCACUUUGGCUUGGAUGCGCCACAGUGCAUGACGGACAUGUUUGAGCAAAUGAUUGUGCAGAUUAUCAACCGGAAAUACGGCCAAGCAUACAAGAAUUGGAAUGAGGUACCUGUUGAGGCACAACUGCUGGUGAUGGAAAUAGGACAGUUCGCCUUCAAAAUGCUUGCCAAUAAACAGAUGAUUUUCAGUGAUGUCGAUCUCCAGAAGCAUUCUCUCAGUGAACAUGCCUUCAAACUAGGCUUAUUAGUGACAGGCGAGGAGUCUUUGUCAAGCAAUGUUUUCAAGCAACAUCGGUUCAGCCAUCUGACCACUCAGGAGUACCUAGCAGCAAUCUACCUUGCCAGACACCCCACACGUGACAUCAUGAACAGUUCCAGGAUUAUUCAACUGGUAGAAAGACUUGGUGCAGAAACAGCACACUUGAGAACAUUCUGGACUAUGCUUUGCGCCCAGCUUAAUGCAGAACAAGCCGAAUGCUUCGUGAACUCUUUACUUACGCUACAGAAUCCUCAAGGGAUGAGAAUAAAAGGAGACUGGGUUAAGCACGACUUUCAGCAAUACAAAUCACGUUUCAAUAGUUGGGAUUUCGUUCAGUCACCAAAUAUUCCUGGAUAUUCAGAGAUGCGUUUAGACCGGCGAAAACAUCUUAGGAGCCUUGCCUUUCAAUCCUUCGCCGAGCUGGCGAUGCAACGGAGAAGAGACAGUUUCCCACUGCCGUCAAUGCGAAAAUUACUAUCAUUUCCGCAAACCUUGGAUAUUGAGGGAGAUCAUCAUCCUGCAGAGCUGCGCUCAAUCGACGUUGUCCUUCGCCAUCACCCCCAUGAUGUUCAGAUUGUUUCCAUCAAUUCUUGGACUCCUGGCACCAAGCUUCACUUCCCCUCAUCAUUGGCGAACUGCAGUGGUAUCCGAGUGUUAAGUCUCGGACGUGCCUCUGAGGAAGGUAUUCUGGACAUUGUCACCUCUGCUUUACAGCAUUCCGCCGGCAAUUUACACAUUCUGCAUCUGCACCAUCUUAAGAUUUCUGCAUCGCUGUUAGAAACAAUCUCGUCAUGUCCCAAACUUUACUUGUUGGACCUCGAGUUUCCGAGUCUGACGAAAGGGAACGCCGGUGCUUUUGCCAGAGCGUUGUCCAAUCUCACAACUCUGCAGCAGAUCUCACUGCAGAGCAGUUUGAGCCUUGGAAGUGAUGGUGGGGCUGCAAUCUUCCGUGCACUUCACCGAAGUAGUAAUCUAUCCAAUGUUGGCUUUAGGAAUUGCCACAUGGCGGCAUCGAUGCUACCAGUCUUCACCACAGCUCUGCAGAACUGGAAACAUCUGACGAACUUGAAGCUGAGCGGCAACAACUUCAGUGAUGCUGAUGCACCUACAGCUUCUCAGUUCUUCUCUGCUCUUUCACGACUCCCAGAUUUGCAACAUAUUGAUCUUAGCGAUUGCCAUUUGUCUAAAGUUACUGGAUUUGCUUUUGCAUCUGAGUUGUUUAAUAUUCGAACCCUAAAUAACAUAGAUUUGUCCUAUAAUGCCAAUCUAGGUGAUGAUGCCGUCAUAGACAUUUUGCAUGCACUGAGGCAAUGCAAAGGCAUGUCUAGAGUCUCUCUGAAUAACUGUAGUCUGACGGCCGCGUCAUUGCCAGCUAUUACCGCUGCUCUUCGGAGCUGGCCGGAGCUGACAACUUUGUCGCUCCGUCUAAACGACUUUAGUGCAGUCACAGCCGAACAGGCCAAUGACUUCGUUGCUGCUGUCCACGCCCGUAGGAAACGUGUCAUAUGUUGGCUACGCGAUGCUGAAGGCAUGCUUCCCUCUAGGGACGAAGUACUUUCUCCACUGAUAUCCGUCCAGCGGCAUCGUUAUAUCACCAAUGUUGUUUAAAAUGUUCCUUAGCAUCAUGUUGAUAUUAAUAAUGUUGUUAUGUUUUGUUAUUAUGUUUUGCCU